AUGUGUGUUGUCUCGAAAACAUGCGUAGAAGACUCCACUUCGGUCAUGCACUUCAAGUCGCUUAAGACAGACCAAGAUGUUUCACGUUCCACUCUUCUGGUUCUUAGUGAUCCUGACGCAAUGACUCCUCACUGUACAAUGUCCCAUCGUAUUCCGCGCACACACCCACCGAUUCCUGUUGGCGGCUUGCAAUCUAAGGAGGAAGAAUAUCGGUUUGUCUUUGAACAAACAGCACAAGGUCUCAAUACGGACGACGUUAUGGAAGCUUGUGAUUUGUUGUCUGAUGAAAAUGAUGUACCACUGAGUGUAGCAGCUGUGUCGACUGUUGAUAGUCAGGGUGAAAUUGGUGGCUAUUGCGAUGACGACGUACUCCCACAACCGGCGGCCAAACUCAGCGUAAACUCCCAAAACCGCUACUUGAAGGCCAAAGUGCGUGCACUGCAGCAAGAAACGCACAAAGUUAUAGCUGAGUUGAACCUUUGUCGUGAUGACAAUUCGCAGCUGAAAAAGCGCGUACAAGAAUUAGAGGAUGAACGGAACCGGCUACAGCGUCUGACUACUACGCACUCGGCUCAAGUUGAAAAGGUGAAGAAAACUCUAACUGAGGCCCGAACACAGUGCGAUGUGCUAGAAGCGGAGCGAAAUUCGUUAAAGAAGGAGAACGAGACCACAAAACGUGCAACAACGCAGCAAGCUACUGAACUGAAGUCUGCCAACGUGCGGCUCCAACGGGCACUCGAUGAGACUGAAAAACUCCGACGCGAGUUGGAUCAUCUUCGCUCAUCUAACCGAGAAACGACCGAUUCCUUGAAACACACUGUAGAACAGUUAACCAUGGACAACCGUCGUCUAGAAAGACAAAAGAAUGAACUCAUAUCCGUGUUCAAGAAGCAGUUAAGGUUGAUUGAUGUCCUGAGACGUCAAAAGAUGCUAAUCGAAGCUUCCAAAUGCCUUCAGCUAACUGAAGAGGAAUUUCUCAAGUCUCUAGAUUGGCAGAGUUCCUCUGAAACGGAAUCAAAGCGAAAAAGAUAUUCACCAUGUGUUCCGGAACCGGGACUGGGGAGUGUGCCUGAGACAGUCACCAAUUGGACGACCGAUAACUUUUCGAGUUGCCCUAUCGUACUUCCCAAUGAAAGUACGGGGGAAAAGAAUGAGCAGCGAACCAAUGAUGACCUGAUAGAUACUUUAUGUUUGGAUUGGUACCAGAAUGCUUCCUCGUCCGGAUUAAGACUAUCUGAAAACAUUAUACUACAGGCAGCAGUUCGAAUAGCAGCUGAACACGGUUUGGAGAAUUUUCAAGCGUCACAAGAAUGGUUAGAUGAUUUUUUGAAUCGAAACCAAAUUUCAGUAAGGGGUUUCAGUGCCAUGAACUCUGGUCCUAACCUUUCAGCGAACGGUUCACUUGGGCGUCCAUCACAUCCACAUUUGUCACCUCCUCCAUCAGGAACCUUAGUAUAUCAGGGAGCAGAAGCCCGCUUGUACAGUACCACAUUGUAUACAUCCUCAAGUCCCCGCAAGUGUAUCGUUAAAGAACGUUUCGUGAAAACCUAUCGCCAUCCUACCCUGGACAGCAGUCUGUCUGCACAACGAAUCCGAGCCGAGGUACGUCUUCUGGUACACUGUCGUAAGCUGGGCCUGGAUGUGCCCGCUGUACUCCAGGUGGAUGUUCCCUCACGACGUAUUUGGCUUGGACUUAUCGGUCCUGAUGCGCUCACUUUGCAUGAUUGGUUCAAAAAGUUAGCUGCAGACUGUGUUGAAACACCAACAACUCCCGCUGGAGACUCCUUACCCAAUCUGAAACACUACGCCGGUGUUCGUCUGAAGCAAAUAACCUCCGCUUUGGGUCGGCUGUUAUCUCGGCUUCAUGCCAACCAUGUGGUGCACGGAGAUUUAACUCUGGCAAAUAUUCUUGUCCACAAGGCCACUAAGGAAGAACUUACUGGUUCUGCCGAACCGCGCCUCGCAAUCAUCGAUUUUGGACUGUCUAGUGCAGUAUCUCAUUCAGCCAUCCAACGUCUUCCCGAGGAAAAGGCGGUUGAUUUGUACGUUUUUGAGCGCGCUCUCAUCAACGCCAUCGAUAUGAACUUCUUGUCUACCGUUGGCAAAGACUUCCCACAAUUCAGCUCACCAGAGGAGCUUAUGACCGCUAUACUGGAUUCAUACCUCGAGCACUACGCAAGCCAAGCCACAUCUCUCCGGUAUGAAAGUAAUGAGAACGGCACGCGAUGUGGCGUUGAUUCCGAAGCGGUGCUACAAGCAGAAGGCAGAACGAACGUUCUUAAAUUGGGUGAGGUCCGCUUACGGGGCAGAAAGCGCUUGAUGAGUGGGUGGCAGAUAACUCUUAUGGAACCGUCGAAGGUGCGUUGUAGACGCUGGAUACCACCAUUUGUGUGCACUCCACAGUUCUGA